AUGCAAAGUCCAUUUUCCUUUUCUUUGGCCAAAACAACCUGUAAAAUGCCGCUGAAGGGGAUUAAAGUGCUGGAGUUUGUGGGCCUAGCUCCUGGUCCGCUUUGUGGAAAAAUACUUGCUGAUUUUGGUGCCACUGUGACGCGCAUAGAUAAGAUGCUGGAGAAUCCCCUCGAUGUGCUGCACCACGGCAAAUCAACGCUAGCCAUAAAUUUAAAGAAGCCUGAAGGUCAAGGCCUUGUGCGCCAAUUGGCAAGCAAGUAUGAUGUGAUAGUCGAGCCAUUUCGACCCGGCAUCAUGGAGAAAUUGAAUUUGGGACCCUCAGAGCUGUGUGCAACGAAUCCACGACUGAUAUAUGCACGUCUCACAGGCUUCGGCCAGCAGGGACGCCUUGCAGCACGCGCUGGACACGAUCUCAACUACGCUGCCAUCUCGGGUGUGCUCUCAAUGCUGGGACGGAAGCAUGAGAAACCAACGUCGCCAAUUAAUUUAUUAGCGGACUUUGCCGGUGGCAGCGUGAUGUGUGCUCUGGGCAUUUGCUUGGCACUAUUGGAACGCCAUCGAUCUGGUCGUGGUCAGGUGGUGGAUGCCGCCAUGGUAGACGGUGCUGCCUAUGUGGCCAGCUGGCUGUUCAUGUCUAGGUCACUCAGUAUUUGGGUUGAGCAUCAGGAACGCGGUGCAAAUUUGCUCGACGGUGGCGCUUAUUUCUAUGAUACAUAUGAAACCAAGGAUGGUCGCUACAUGUCGGUGGGCGCUUUGGAACCGCAGUUCUUUGAACUGCUGAAGCAACGUUUGGAAUUGCCGCCAGAAUUGUCACAAUAUGGCGAAGAGCAUGAGGAGUUGGGCAGACGUCUGUUAACUGAAGCGUUUCUUACCAAAACCCAAGCGGAAUGGUCGGCGAUAUUUGAGGAUGUGGAUGCCUGCGUAUAUCCCGUAGUGGAAUGGCAAGAAGCAGCAGAGCAUCAUCACAAUGCGGAGCGGGCAUCAUUUGAACGUUUCGAACACUCUUUGGUACCGCGUCCAGCUCCACGUUUGAGUCGAACGCCUGGAAAAUUGCGACAGCAUGCAAAUGGCAAUGCUGUGCUUGAGGAUCUGCAAUUGACGCCCGAGGAGCUGCGGCAUCUACAGGAGGAUGGUGUGCUCACCUUGCCAACCACGCAGCAUAAGCUCUAGACACUGUAGCUCUACGGAUUUUCUUGUAAACAUUUGCUAAAAUCUGUUUAUUAAAAGAAAACAACCGAUUCCUGUAAAUACUUUGUUACACCGAUUUAAAAAUAUGAAUAAGUAAAAAUGUAUAUUUCAUCCUUAGAUAAUUCCACAUAUUUUUUUAUGCUGAUCAAUUAGACCUGGUAAUCCUAAGUCUCUUAAUAUGCCAAUACAUACACUAGUUCUUUUCGAAAAAGGACUCGCAGAUGUGCA